UCUCCGAGUUUGCUUUUAUUUACUGUAUACCUGGUGUUUUAUUUCAUUUACAUAGUGUUAGACUAUGUGUGUGUGGGUCGGCACCACUGUUGGGCUGUCGGCCCAUUAGGGUAGGGUUCUGUGUCUAUAUAUGUAACCACCACCUUUAUGCAAUACAAUCAAGAGUUCCAUUCUCCUACAUGGUAGCAGGGUUAGGUCUUUCUUCCCCUCCCAGCCGAUGGCCCUGAUCCCACGCCGCCGUCCCCUGGGCUUCCCUCACCCCCACUGCUGCUCCCCUUCCCCCACGCCAGCCAAGACAGGAGCAGGCGCCCUCUCUCCCCAUGGCGCUGUUGCCUCCAUGGAGGAGCUCAAGCCCCCUGUUCCCCUGCCGUCUCUCGGCCAGCUAUCCGUCGUGGCCCUGGGCACAAGCACUGCCGCGACCAGCGCGUGUCUGGGCACAGUCGUCGCCACCAUGGGCAGGGAUCUGGCCGUCGGCGUCGUGGGUCGCGCCAUUGCCGCCGCCAUGGCCGUAGAUCUGACCGUCGUCUCCCUCUUCGCCGCGACCUUCUCCGUCGACCAGCGACCCCUCCUCAUCGGCGCGGGCGCUGCCGGUCGGCUCACCGCAGCCGCGACCUUCACCAGCCAGCACGACCACCUCUCCUGUCGCCGCAGUUGCCGCGGCUCUAUAGGCAGCCGUCGUGCGCACAGGCGCAACGCACCCCGCCGCCGCCGCCUCCCUAGCGGGGUCCCCCCGGGUCUCCUUCCCUGCAUCAGCCUAUUCGCGGGCACGGGCGUCCCCGACAACGUGGCUGCGGUUGUCGUCGGUCAGAGACCCCUACUGCGCAAGUCGUGACCUCCCCUGCAUGCGUGCUCUUCCCUGUGCUGUGUUUUUCUGUUCUGGCGCACCGGCUGCUAGCGUCCCUCGCUUGAGCCGUCCUUGCAGCGCCUCUCCCUUCUCGCUUCUCUCGUCGCCGACAUCAACACCCCCCUGCCAAGCCCAGCGCCGACCCCUGUCCAGCUUGACCCGUCGCCCUCCCCUUCAUCGCCUUCAUUGGAUUCGUCGCUGCCACGGCCUUCCCGACCGGAUUCACCGUUGCUGCGACGUUCCCUGCUAGAUCCGUCGUCCCUUUGGCCGGAUCGCUGUCUUCCCGGUUGGAUACGUCGCUGUCGUGGCCUUCCCGGUCGGAUCCACCGCUACCCCUUCUAUUCUACCGUGUGCGCGGCUACCAUGACCGGCACAGACGCGUGCGCUGUCACCGGCCUCCCUGGCAAGGCUUCUUGAUGUUCGGAUGAUCGAAGAAGCAAGAAGGUCGGCCUGCUGGUGCUCUUUUGUUGUGUUGCCCUGCCGACCGUUGAUGCUCUAACGUCGACCCUUCGUGAAGAACAGGCUACUGCUGGGUGUCUCCCGACCACGGUCACCUCGACUUCGGCUACCUCGGCAUCCAGGGACUAUCGACUUUUCGGAGUCCACACCGGUCUCUACUCCAGCCGCAACAUUCGCACCCUUACGACGCUGCGAGUGCGGGGAGAUAUCAACCCGUCGGUUCCUAGCUUCAGCUUCUACUCCAGUCUCAUCAUGUACGGUGUCCCCGUUGGGACCGCGGGGGUGUUAGACUGUGUGUGUGGAGGGGGACACCACUGUUUUGUUGCCGGCCCAUUAUGGUUAGGGUUCUAUGUCUAUAUAUGUAACCACAACCUCUAUGCAAUACAAUCAAGAGUUCCAUUCUCCUACACAUAGUAAAUGCUCUACAGCUAGCCGCUAGCCACCACCACAGAGGGCCACAUUUUCCUUUUUAGCGUCCAUCCGAUUGCUUUUAGACGGACGACAGUUUUUCUAUUUUUUUAGACAGACAGUUUCCUCCAUUUGAAUCUUCAGAUACUACAUUUGUGGCUCUAUUUGGCGUAGCUACUGCUUGUUGAAAAAGCAACUUAUCUAAGAAGCUAGUGAAAAGCAACUUCUGCAGAAGCGUCAUGUUUGGUACAGCUGCUUAAAUCUGUAAGAAGCUGAAAAUAAGCAGUGUCAAACAGGGCUUUGCUGGUGCUUUCUAGAGCGGUGCAUCAAUACCAUUUAAUAACAAAAGUUGUGAGCCUCAAGAAUAGCAACUGUGGGAAUAUAACCAAUACAUGGUCACCUGCAUCUUCCACUUCUAUAGCCUACAUAUAUUGUAUUAUAUCAGUACACUAAAAAAGCCUGUGCGAUUACCAACUAUUUGCAAACAUUUUAUACUUACAUAUAUAUACUUAAGCAUAAUAUUUACUAGCCGGUUGUCUGUGUGUUACUACGGUUUCUAUAUUUAGAAUAUUUACAUAUCUAUUCUUUGUUGAACACAAAUGGUUGUGAGCUUCAGUGGUUAGAACUUGGGUUUGGGAGGGGGGAGGGCGGCAGUUCGAACCCCAACACUGCUAAUUUUUUGACUUUUAUUUCGCUCGCCGCGCUCGCUGGAGGAGAUGACGCACGAAGGGAGAAACUCCCACUUAAAUAUAGUAUAAAUGUACAAUUUAAAAUCUCACAUACGAAUUUGAUAUUGCACGCAGGGCGCGUGGCAUACACUAGUUAUAAUAAGUGGCUCUAGCAUUUGAAAUAUUGAACUGUGGCUCAACUACAAUUUGUUAAGCAUUGCCUAAAAAAUAAUUUGUUAAUCAAUUCAGUUUUGCUAGAAGCUUCCAACUUUCAUAUGUUUCUUGCGGAUUGACAAUGAUUUAUGAAUUCUUACCUAUUGGCUAUUGUUCAAU